CUGAGCCACAUGCAUCCCUUGGCGGCCGGCCGGGCUUCCUGGAGUUAAUGUCCGUGCUGGGUCCGACGAGCCCAUCUGAAAGGGGCCUGUGUCGGAAGGAAAUCUAAAAUGAAGUUAUGGGAUGUUGUGGCUGUCUGCGUGGUGCUGCUCAGCACGGUCUCCACAUCCCCGCUGCCCGCCGGUAAGACGCCUCCCGAGGGGCCCCCUUCAGUGGUAGAGGGGCCUGAAGACGAUCACUCCCCCAUCAGCCUGCCGCCUCCCUAUGCUGUGCAAAGUGACUCUAACAUGCCAGAGGAUUAUCCAGAUCAGUUUGACAAUGUAGUGGACUUUAUUCAAGCCACUAUAAAAAGACUCAGAAGGUCACCAGAUAAACAAACUCCAAUUUUUUCUAAGCGGGAGAGAAGUCGGCAAAAUGCAGCUGUUAAUACAGAGAAUUCCAGUAAAAAGGGACGGCGAGGUCAAAAGGGCAAAAAUCGAGGUUGUGUCUUAACAGAAAUACAUUUAAAUGUGACUGACUUGGAUUUGGGAUAUGAAACCAAAGAAGAGCUGAUUUUCCGGUACUGCAGUGGAUCUUGUGAUGCAGCCGAGACCACAUAUGACAAAAUUUUAAAAAAUUUAACCAGAAAGAAAAAGCUGGUCAAUGAUAAAGUGAGGCAAGCUUGCUGCAGACCCAUUGCCUAUGAUGAUGACCUUUCAUUUUUGGACGAUAACUUGGUUUACCAUAUAUUGAAAAAACAUUCCGCUAAAAGAUGUGGAUGUGUCUGAUUUUUUUUUUAGAUUAAUACAAUAUUGCAUUCCUACUACAAUGCAAAGAACAGGACCAAGGUUCCCAAGGAAACGUCUGUUCAGAACUGAGAAAGAGGACCAAGAAUGCAGGAAAACAGAUGUCAUGGGAGCCUGGUAGGACAAGAUCCAGCACAGAGAACUGGACAGGAUAGAAAAGUUGGAACUUUUAAUUUCUACAGGAAAGCAAAUAAAAGGCAUCAAAGCUCAGGGUGGAGUUUCAGAAUGGAUGGGUGGAGGUUGCUAUCACUAUUUCAUUUGAUAUGGUCCACUAUCAAUGAGAGUUGAAUCAGCUAGGAAUGUGCUUAAAAACACAACCUAUUAAAUAUCAUGCCUUGUUCUUAUUUUUUAUUAAGUUUAGUUAUAAAAACUGGGGUAGCAUUAAUAAUGGUAAGCUUAAGUGGUAUUAGCUUCACUCCAAUAUACACCCUAAUAUUGCCUGUUAAAAGAUUAUUCCAAAACACUGGAGAUAACUUUUUUAUUACAUAGUAUAUGUGCAAGGUUAAAUCAGGCAAGUGUCAAAAUUAAUCAGCUAAAGUUCAUCCGGGGAAAAUCAACACAAAACAAAACAGUUCCACUUACUGUUUGAUUUAGGCUAUUUCCAUUUCACAUUUCUUCAAAACAGUUAAGUAUCAGAUUUAAUUCUUCUAUUACCUCUGAAAACAAGUUGUGUUUUUAAGCACUCACUCCUAGUAGAAUAAUAGAAACAAUGAGCCUGGCCUACACAAAUGCAAAAUGUGUUUCUUUUGGUUUACAAAGGACUAAUGUCACUUACAUAACUCCUUUAAUAUUUGGUCAUUGUGAGUGAACAGACUACUUGAUGCAAUGCAUCCAUUCAAAGACAUAAAUAUACAGAAGAUAUUUAUUGAGAUUUAAGUUAUUGUUAUUUAUUACAGUUCACUAAUGAGUUUCCGUUCCUUAUUUAUUAAAGUUUUUUUCAAAGGUGCCAAAGUGGAAUGUGCUCGCAAGAUACAAAGACAGUUAAGCUGGGAACAAGGGGCCAUGCUUUUAAAAGUAUUAACAGUUAACUUGAAAGCAAAAAAUCACUUACUUUACCUUUUUUAACAAAACCCUGUUUAAAAUCUCAAAAUAGAGGGACAAAGUCUGCAACCCAUAUUCAUGUUGAAUAACAUUUAUGUGAGCAACUCCAUUACUACCCGUAUGAGUUAGUGACACUCCACAUGAGUGCAGGUUGCAGAAUGGGGGCCAUUAUUAUCAAUUUGUUAGAAAAAGUAAUUAUAUUAAUAUUAUAAUGUUGAUGCAGUUUUUCUCACAAACACUUCUUCUGCCAACUGACCUCACAAGUAUGAUUGACAAAUGAAGAUUAAUCACACUUUUGUCAUUUUAAUUUCAUGUUAUAUUUGUUUUUUCUUUCCAUAUUUCCAUAUAGAAAAGGUUAAAUCCCUUUUUGUAGUUAGUCCUGGAUUUAAUGUAGACUGAAGGUAAACAAACUAUUUUGUUAAAUAACCAAAGUGUUUUGUAUAAUUUGCUGAAACAUUACAGGAUUCAACUGGCAUAGUAAAAAUCAUUUUAAGUUUUCAUCUAAGAUACUGCUUUAAGGUGAAGGAGGUUAUGUAUCAAAGGGAUUAGCACAAGUUAUGAAGCUGGAGGUUUAUUUAUUAAAGAUUAGCAGAAAUGUGUUUAUAUUAGACAUAAUAGACAACUGAAGUGAAGACUUGACUCCCACAAAAACAAUAUCCAACCAAGAAUCUACUGAACAACAACAACAACAGUUAGGAUCAUAAUUUAUCCAAUCCAUGUAAUGGCUCCAUACUUAUUCUGUUCCUUUUAAGUGCAUGGAACCUGCACUGAUACCAGUGGGGAAGGUCCCAUGGUUGGGGGGGGGGGGAGAAAGAAAGGAAAAACACACAAAGAUCCACCAUCGUGUGGCUUAAAGGAGAAUUUUGCCCUAAAUCAAGUUUCUUCACUAAGGUCCCAAUCCUACAAUUGAUGAUAAGUGAGCACAGUCAUCUUCAUGGGCUCUGAAUGCAUGACAAUCCACCACAUGCAAUCAAUUGCAGGAUUAGAGUCUAAGGCCCGACUCCAGCAAAGCACUCAAGAUCAUGAAUAGUCCCAUGGAAGUCAUUAAGCACGUGUUUAAGUGCUGUGCUGGGUCAGGGGAUUAACCACUGUG